CCUGGAGAGGUGGCUUCUACUCUCUUUUUUUCUAUGGGUUUCGGUCUGUGGUCUGUACAAGAAAGGGUUAAAACUGGGGUUACUCCCUCCCGGUUUUUCAGUUGACAUACGUAUUAAUAUUUCUAGCAUCUCGCUGGUUUCUCUAACUUUCCCAAGUCCAAAAUAAAAUGCGUGAACAGAGCCACGCUGCAGCUACGUUGAGCUCCCCCAGGAACCUGUGAGGUGUUCCAGGAACACACAAGUUCAUUGAUCCGAGCUUUGCAUAAAGUCCUGGUUUAGUAGCCUACUGGACAGCCACAGCUUUGGAAUCAGACCGGCUUGACUGCCUCCUUUACUGUGUUAGAUGGAGGCAUUAUUAAGAACUUCCUGCCACCUGUUUCUCAGCUGUAAUAGGGAUCCCUGUCUGAAGGAUCGUUAUGAAGAAUGAGUGAGAUGAUGUGAGUUCUUUACAGACAACCUGUGGGGCACACUCCCUUGCUCGUGGCAGGAAGCGCUGGAUGGACUGAACCCGCCACAGCUGGCCACACAGCUGCUGGGGAUGCCUGGGGAAGGGGAAGCGGUCAGGUAUGGGCAAGAGGGGCCCCGUGCCGGGGGACCCAGGGUGUCACUGUCAGGAUGCAAUGGAGCUAUUCACUGGGGGCCCGGGCUGGCCUAUCGCAGGUACAGGUCGGUGUGGCCACUCACCCUGCUGGCCCUGAAGUCCACAGCCUAUGCCCUGGCCUUUACCCGGACACCUGGGUUUCAGACCCCCUCAGAGUUCCUGGAGAACCCCAGCCAGAGCUCCCGCCUGACAGCCCCGUUCCGGAAACACGUCAGGCCCAAGAAGCAGCAUGAGAUCCGGAGGCUGGGAGAGUUGGUGAAGAAACUGAGUGACCUCACGGGCUGCACCCAGGUCGUGGAUAUAGGCUCAGGCCAGGGCCAUCUCUCCCGAUUCAUGUCCCUGGGGCUGGGGCUGACAGUGAAGAGCAUCGAAGGCGAUCGGAGGCUGGUGGAGAGAGCCCAGCGCCUGGACCGGGAGCUCCUGCAGGCCCUGGAGAAAGAGGAGAAGAGGAGCCCACAGGUGACCCGCGCCGGCCCUCGCCACUCCCCACACCACGUGGUUAGGUGGGUAGAGCCCACGGCCCUGUGCAAGGAGCUCCUGCUUCCCCUGGAGCCCUUGCCUCCAUGCGGGGCCCGCCUGCUGCUGACGGGCCUCCACGCCUGCGGGGACCUGAGCGUCGCCUUGCUGAGGCACUUCUCCUGCCCCGAGGUGGUGGCCUUGGCCUCGGUGGGCUGCUGCUACAUGAAGUUGAGUGAGCCUGGCGGCUACCCACUGAGUCAGUGGGUGGCGGGGCUUCGUGGCUCCGAGCUGCCCUACAGGCUGCGGGAGGGGGCCUGCCACGCCCUGGAGGACUACGCCGAGCGGCUACAGAGAGCGGGCCCCGGGCUCCGCACCCACUGCUAUCGGGCGGCACUGGAGACGGUCAUCCGGGGCGCCCGGCCCGAGCUUCGACGGCCAGGCGUGCAGGGGAUCCCCAGGGUCCACGAGCUCAAGAUCGAAGAAUACGUGCAGCGGGGGCUGCGGCGGGUGGGGCUGGAUCCCCAGCUGCCGCUGAACCUGGCUGCCCUUCGGGCCCACCAGGCCCAGGAGAACCGAGUGGUGGCCUUCUUCAGCCUGGCCCUGCUCCUGGCCCCGCUGGUGGAGACACUGAUUCUGCUGGAUCGGCUGCUGUACCUUCAGGAGCAGGGCUUCCAUGCUGAGCUCCUGCCCAUCUUUAGUCCUGAACUGUCACCCAGGAACCUAGUUCUGGUGGCCACCAAGAGUCCCCUGGGUGAGGCCUUCUCUCUUCUGGAAACUGAAGACAGCUGACGAACUCCCAUCUGGAGUUCACCCAGAGGACCAGCCUCCUAGCUUCCUGCAACCCUGGCCUCUCCCUCCCCAUGUUAACGUAAUACUAUGUAAAGGUUUAUUUUUAAUUUAUUUAAAUAAAUGAAAUCUUUAUUUCUC